AAAAUUUUAAAAGAUGGGACAAAAAAAGCAAUAUAAAUUGGGAAUUGGAGCAUUACGACAAAAAGAAGGCCAGAAUCGUACGCGGUUUCUUGUUCAAAGUCUACCCCAUUUUCCCUCUCCUCUCAUCAUCGAUCAUCUCACACACAUACAUCUCCAAGAAAAAAACAAUACCAGUUCUCUGGCAAUCUGUUUGUGUUUUGAUCGGUGAAGGGGGAGAAAAAUUCAGCUCAGUUUUGAAUGGGGUGCUGCACUAGCAAGAGCGCCGAUUCUAAAGCCAGCCGCACCGCUCGCUGGCGCUCCACCGGAAUUGUUGCCUUGCGCGACUCCAAAUUGAAGACAUUUCCAGAUGAAGUUCUCGAUUUGGAAAGAUCAGUCCGCACGCUUGAUUUGACGCACAACAAAUUAGUUGAUGUACCAAUGGAGAUAAACAAAUUGAUAAACUUGCAGCGGCUGAUUUUAACUGACAAUGUUAUUGAACGUCUACCAAUGAACUUGGGAAAGCUUCAGUCUCUAAAAGUUAUGGCACUGGAUGGAAAUCGGAUCACCACAUUGCCUGAUGAAUUUGGUCAAUUGGUGAAACUGGAGAAGCUAUCAAUAUCUGGAAAUUUGUUACUUAACUUGCCUGAAACUAUUGGGAGCUUGCGGAAUUUGAUGCUGUUAAAUGUGUCAAACAAUAAGAUAAAGUUUCUUCCUGAAUCCAUUGGUAGUUGCUUCUCCCUGGAGGAAAUUCAAGCUAAUGAAAAUUCUAUUGAAGAGCUUCCAUCUUCAGUGUGCAGUCUUGUUCAUCUAAAGUCACUCUGUUUGGAUAACAACAAAGUGAAGCAGAUACCGCCAAACUUGCUGAAAGAUUGCAAAAGCCUGCAGAAUAUAUCCCUCCAUGGCAACCCCAUUUCUAUGGAUGAUUUUCAACAGAUGGAAGGUUUUGAAGAUUUUGAAGGCAGGAGGAAAAGGAAGUUCGACAAACUGAUAGAUUCGAAUGUGAUGAUAAACUCCAAAGGCCUUGAUGAGGGUGUCGAUCUAUGAGAUGCUUGCUAGUAAAGCUGCAAAUAUUUUGUUGAAGUUGGUGAAGACAACGAAAUUGGAGUUGAGAGGAGGAUGAUAACGUUAAAAGUGGCGUAGAAUUUCUGUAUAGUUUCCUUGUAAUAAGGGCUUGAAAUUUCUAUGGUUGCUUCCAAAUGUAAAUGGCUUUUUUGUAUGGUGUGGUAUUCGCAGGACCUGAAUUUGUAACAUUAUAUAAAUGCAUCAAAUAAAUUGUUGUAUAUA